CGGCAGCUCCAGCCCGGACGCCGACCCGAGCGCCCCGCAGACGGGCGGUGGGCAGCUGCGGACGCCCGGCCAGCAGCCCGCAGCAUGGAUUCGGAUUCCGGCGAGCAGAGCGAGGGCGAGCCCGGGACCGCCUCAGGUCCCGAUGUUUUUAGUUCAAAGAGCCUUGCCCUUCAAGCCCAGAAGAAGAUUCUGAGCAAAAUAGCCAGCAAAACCAUGGCCAACAUGUUGAUUGAUGAUACCAGCAGUGAGAUCUUUGAUGAGCUCUACAAAGUCACCAAAGAGCACACCCACAACAAGAAGGAAGCCCACAAGAUCAUGAAAGACUUAAUCAAGGUGGCGAUCAAAAUUGGGAUCCUCUACCGGAACAACCAGUUCAGCCAGGAGGAGGUUGUUAUCGUGGAGAAGUUCAGGAAGAAGCUGAACCAGACCGCCAUGACCAUUGUCAGCUUCUAUGAGGUGGAAUACACCUUUGAUAAGAAUGUGCUCUCCAAGCUCCUACAUGAGUGCAAGGACCUGGUGCAUGAACUGGUGCAGCGACACCUGACGCCCAGGACCCACGGGCGCAUCAACCACGUCUUCAACCACUUUGCCGAUGUGGAGUUCCUCUCUACACUUUAUAGUCUGGAUGGAGACUGUAGGCCCAACCUCAAGAGGAUUUGUGAAGGAAUCAAUAAAUUGCUAGAUGAGAAAGUCCUUUGAAUGCUUUCCCUCCUUCUGGACUUUGCUGCGUUCAAGUUACAGCAUCCAACAUGGUCCCAGUGAGAGUCAAGAAAACAAGAAGAAACCCUUGUCGAAGAUGCCCAUGUUCUGUCCUGUUCAUCCCUCUGAUGUUGAUGCCAAAUUGAGCUUGGGUGUGUUUAUCCCCUGAGCUCACUGAUGAGCUCACUUAACAUCACCUUUGUUUGCAAGCCCAAAAGACAUUUCAUCUACUGUAAGCAGAAGGGCUGCUCUGCUCAUCAAGAUGAGCUCAGUCCAUCUUGUGGAGUAGAAGGAGCCCUGGACCAGGAGUUGGAGGGCAUGGAUUUGGUCCCAGCUCCACCAGCUACAAUUCCGUCCUUUAGAUCCUGGAACCAUCAUGCCUGCCUGCCUGCCUCCCAGGGCUGCUGUGAGGAUCGAAUGAGAUGAUGCAUAUUCAUGCUUUUGAAAACGCUGAUGUAAAGUCUUAUUAUUUUCUCUUCGGAAUGUGGAUCUCUUCAACCUGGAUCUAGAAAAUUAAGCAGCAGAGAAGAAAAGAACAAUAGUAUCUAAUGGGCUGGGUUUGCAAUCUGUCUCUAGAUGUGCUGUUUCACACAGAACAAAAAUGAAUCCAAAGGUGUGACAAAGUAUAGCUGCAAAUUGGAAAAAUGUUUUUCAAGAGUUGUGUUUUUUAGGUUUCUGAUCCUGCAGAGGGAAACUUUCUGGGAGGGUGAAGAGUUUCCCACCCAUAAUGUAGAAGCAGAGAACUCUGCUCCCCUGCAGUGCUGGCCCUCCCCCUUCAAAGGGGCAUCAUCCGUGAGGCACAGGGAGGAUUUAUUCCAGCAUGCACGGGAGAGUCAGGCAGAAUGAACCCCUAUCUGUCUGUCUUGGCCUUCCACAGUCAUUUUGUGCUGUUAUCUGGUUCAUUAAUAAAUUGAAACUAC